AUGAGAACUACAUUCGCUUCUGCACUCCUGGUGAGCGCCGUCACAUUUCCUUCCCUCUCUUGCGCACAAAAGUUUGUUCAAGUCCCCAUAGCGCGAGUCACCAAUGGUGACACGUUCGUCGCAGCAGUCAAUGUCGCCGUUGGCAACCCACCGCAAAAUAUGACCGCCAUCUUGGACACAGGCAGCAGUGAUUUCUGGGUACCAGCAAGUGGGAGCAAACUCUGCGCCGAUCCAAAAAACCAGUGCAUUGCAUCCGACAAAAAGUUUUCCACAGGUUCCUUCGCUUCCAAUAGCUCUACUACUUUUGUGGCAGGAAAUCCGAAUUUUUUUGCAAUCUAUACUGGCGGUGUGAAUGUCACGGGGACAUUUAUGCAAGACUCGGUUCGUCUUGGAAAUACUGAACUCAAGAAUAAUACCAUGGGUUUGAGUACCCAGGGUUUCUUACCCAGCGCCCUCUUUCCAGUUAUGGGCAUUGGUUUUGCGACUCAAGAGUUCUCUGCGACGAAGCAGAGCCCAACGCCAUAUGAAAACCUCCCAUUGGCUAUGAAAUCGGCAGGUUUGACCAAUACCGCUGCCUAUGGUAUUUACCUCAACGAUUUCAGGUCUACUGAAGGUUCGAUCAUUUUUGGAGGUAUGGAUACCGCCAAGUUCACCGGCAACAUGACCAUGCUGCCCAUACUCGAAAAUUCCAAUGGCCAAGCUACCGAAUUCGUAAUAUCAGCUACUUCUCUUGCAAUCACAGGAGGCUCCAACAAUAAACGUGCCACCAUGAAUAUAUCUCUACCAAGCAGAAAUACUCCCGUACUUUUGGAUACCGGAAACCCUUCAAUUGACGUCCCAUUAUCCGCCGUCGAAGCCAUCGGCACCGCCCUCAACGCGAACCCAGGCCCAGACGGUUCAAUGCAGGUCACCUGUAACAUAGCCACCAAGGGCAUGAACAUGGUUUUCGGAUUCUCAGAUACCACGAUCCAAGUCCCCAUCGAGAUGAUGCUCACGCCUGCAAAAAACAAAGAUGGCACGCAAGCAAAAGAUAACAAUGGCAACAACCUAUGCAUCGUUCCGGUGAACCCCACUGCGAAUGAAGAUGAUCUUCUAUCGUUCGGAGCCCCGUUUUUCUCGGCCGCUUAUGCGGUAAUGGAUUUGCAGAAUAAGAGGAUUGGACUUGCGCAGGCGAAGGUUAAUGCGACAGAGUCGAAUGUUCAGGAGAUUAUGGCUGAGGGGGGGAAUUCUUCGGUGGCGGUUCGCGCGGAGAUUAGCUCUAGGGGGUGGAAUAAUCCUAGGAGACGUAUAAAUGGGGAUCCAUUGUGA